CAUAAAAGCAAACAUCGCAGGUCGCUGUAAACACAAUCUAAGAGUUUGUAGAAAACACAGAAAAACAGAGACUUGUGAUGAGGCUAAACAUAAAUAAAUGUUAAUUUCGUGAAGCGCCAACCUUCCUUAUCGUUUUCGAACUGCAUUUAAUAGUGAAAAUCUGCUUGUGUAGUGCAAAAAUCGUUCAAAAUGAGUGCCCAAUACGCCAGGGACAUGAUGAAGGUCUCUGUGGCGAAAAUGUUGCAAACUAUAGGAUGGAACAGUAUCCAAACUACCCCACUGGAGAUCCUCACUGAUAUACUUACAUUAUAUGUGAGCCAAAUAGCGAAAACCACUCACGACUACGCAAAUGAAUUUGGUUGUGUCGAUCCAAACUUAGACCAUUUAGGUUUGGCAUUCAGAGAUUGCCAUGUAAAUUUAAAUGAACUAGAGGAGUAUGCAACUUAUGUUAAUUUUGGACCACCACCGUCCAGUGUACCUAAGUUUCCGAUACCAAAGGAAGAUAACCUGAACUUCUUGAAGCCUGGCAGCAAGGAGGUUGUGACCAGACCGGUGCACAUACAUGAACACUUGCCACCAAUGUUUAAAAUAAACGAAGUUGCUGAAAAUGAACCAGAAAAUGUUCCUAAGAAUGAGGAAGAUGAGGCUAUUAAUGUUGAAUCCACAAUACCUACAUUUAAGCGACCAGCAGAAGUUUCUCCAAGUGAACCAUUUAAACGACCAAGGCUUCUAGUGGAAGAGGAAGGUAGGCCUACUAGAGAAAUCAGCAGUGUUAUGAUGACAACAUCCGGUUAUAUUUCACCUGCUAGGGAAGGUAAACUUCCUGAGGCGAGGACGCCUGUAACCGCUCUGGAGUUGGCGCCACUAUUGCCGACGCCAUCUUCGAGUUCUUCAAAUGGGCAGUCCUCGAAACCGAAUAAGGUUGUGAAGAAACAGGAGAAGAAAAAGGAGAAAAUAGGCAAGGAGCUCUUCAAGCCAUCCGCUGACGAGAAGAUCACGAAGAAGGUCACGACUAUGAAAGAUGUGGUGAAGUUAAAACAGAUGAAAGCCGUCAAUGCAGCGAACAACCCUUUGACGGCGAAUCCAAGCACUUCUGCCAAUUUUGUAGUGAACAACGAGGUGAAGGUGCCGCCCCCGACGCCUACACCCCCUCGCGAGACCAAACCAAUCCAGCCGAAGGUAAACAACAAAACGCUGGCAGCAGCUAGAUUGAAAACGGAGAAAUUCAAUACUACAAUUACUCCAAUUCCAAUCAAGCCACCAGUGGAAAUCAUCGAUAAACUCUUCACGGAACCGGAUAAGAAGAAAGUGAAUAUCCUGAAGAAAAUUUCGAACGUAAAAAAUGAAAGCAAAGCUGAAAGUAAGUCCAAACCAAAGGAAGCCAUUGAGCCAUAUGUAUCUCGGGAGAGUUCACCGAUUUUAAUAAUUGACGAACCUGCUGAUGCUAGUAAUAAAGUACAUAUUUCUAAUGACAUUACCAUAGAAUUGGUAGAUACGCCUGAAAAACAAACGGAGAAACCUGAGAAAUCCUUUUUCGAUGACGAAUCGCCGCCCGGCACGCCAUCCACUCCAAAAACCCCGGAGAUGAUUGCUAGCCCACCUGUCACAAAAGAAAAACGGAAGAGGAAGGAUAAAACUAAAAUUAAAAAAGUACAGAAAAUGAGUCCGGCGGUUGUCGCACCGGAGCCGCCCAGUCUAUUCCUAGAUAACGAACGACCAAAGACACCUGAGCCUGCUCCGGUUAUACCACCGCCGUUCCGGCCGGACAGCAUGCUCGACAACAUGCGUUAUCCUCUCGGAUUAUUCUCCACAUUAAGCAAAGGUCCUGGAUUGAUCCCUUCGCCUAUGUACAACAUGAAUCCGUUCAGUUUGCCCCCGUUCCUUAGAAAUCCAUUACCGAAGCAAGAGGAGCCCAGAGCAAAGUCGCCGCCAGCAACUGUUACAAAACGCGACCCAUCACCGCCAUCGCCUCCACCAGUUGUUAGCUCAACAACGUCAUUGGCAGUUAAGGAAUGCACACAGAUUUCACCAAAAUCGGAGAAGAAGAAAGACAAGGAGCAUAAGAAAGAUAAGAAAGAUAAAAUAAAAAAGAAAAAUAAGAAAGAUAAAAUGAAAAGUAAGGCUGAGAAAAAGAAGUUGAAAGAAGAGAAGAAGGACAAGGAGAAAACUAAGAAAGAGAAAAAGGAGAAACGAAAAGAAAAGGAGAAAGAGAAGGAAAAAGAGAAAGAAAAGGAAAAGGAAAGCAGAGAAAAUCCAGAUGUUGGAAUACCGAAGCUCACACUGAAGUUGGGAACACCAUCUCCAAGACCGGAAACACCAGACACGAAAAAAUUGAACAUUAAACCAGUUGUUAAGAAGGAAGUCGAAGAGGUUAAGCCUAAGGAAGCUGAGGUGAAGCGGGAACUUUCACCGGAGCUUGCCAAAAUAUCAGCCUUAUUUACAGGCCAGCCCAAACAGAAAUCAGCAACUGCAUCGGCUUCAAGUACAAAGGACGAUAAGAAAGAGGAAAUCCCGAUUUCUACAACGUCUGCACCAAAAUCUCACCCCGGGCCAGGGAGGCCCAGGAUUCAUCCCAUCAAACAGAAACCUUUAAAACCUACCAAACAGCAGGUCCCCGUGAAGGUAAGUAAAGAUUCCGAGGGUAAUGAGGUCUGGAUUUGUCCUGCUUGUGGGAGACAGGAUGACGGCAGUCCAAUGAUCGGUUGCGAUGACUGCGACGCAUGGUAUCAUUGGGUAUGUGUGGGUAUUCAGGUUCCUCCAGAUCAGAACGAAGACUGGUACUGCAGAUUAUGUCUGGUGAAGAAACAGGAAGUCUUGCAAACCGACAAAAAGAAGAAACGCAAGAAGCGAGAGAAAAAAGAGCACUGAAUUUAAUUGCGUUACACUUUCGUUUUCAACGAAUGUGUAAGAUCAAAAUCAAUAAUUCUG